UUUCCGACCUCACCUUGCUUUUUGAUCAGCGUGACGCUGCUGCAUCUUGUUGGGAACUUUUCCUCUCCUCUCCUCUCCUCUCUCUCUCUCUCCUCUUCCCGAAAGAAAUAAAACCAAGCGGCGCCGAAGGAAAGGCGAGCGCCAGGGCCAUGCCCCAAAUCGAUCUCGCCUCGAGCUCGAGGCCCUCGCGCCCGCGGAUUCCAGCCGAUUGAAUCCCCCCCACCCCUAACCCCGUUCUCUCGGUGCUCUGCUCGUUAUAAGCGGGUGGCCUUUAGCCCUAGGUUUUUUGUUCGAUUGGGAUUUUAUAUAUCCCGCUUGGUUGGGGGGGGGGGGGAUCGGAUUUUUCGUUUCGGUGCCGCGAGGUGCCGGGGGGGUUUCCUCGAUUCUGGCGCGGUUUUGCUUAGAGGAAUUCCGGAUUUCUUAGCGGAAUUCUGAUUUCCGGGCUGUUGCGAGGUGCAUCUACCAGCCAUGGCGCCGGCGCCGGCCGUGGAUGCGGAGGGGGAGUGUGGCGGGGGGAAGAGCCACAACACCCUCAAGCCCGACGGUGUUCGUGUAGCUGCAGCCUCUACCACCCUGGACUCCUCGGAUAGCCAUGGUCCAGCCGCUGAUGUUCAGGGCGGGGGUGGCUCCGGCGAGAGGUUGGACUCCUCCGACGGCGAGGGACGAGCCACGGAUGUUCAGGGCAGGAGCAGCGCCGGGGAGAGCCUGGUGGUGAAAUCCGAGCACGCGUGCGCGGCGGAUGACCCCGUGGGUGACGGUGCCCUUCUCGCCCCUGCCAACAAGCCUACUGGCGCGGACCCUUUGGCGGUAGCAUCCUCCUCGCAUGACAUCGAUGCGGCGAGUGCUGAUCCCGCAAACGACGAGGAAGACGGGGACACCACGGAAUGCUCGAGUUCAUUUGGGAACUCUUGCUGCGAGACCGAUGAUGAGGCUGACCAUGGUGGUUCGGAAGUGGAUUCUCCAUUUUCGGAGAAUGCUGAUGGUGUUCAAGCAUUGAUUCGGCCUAGAAAGAAAAAGGUAACUGCUGAGUGGAGGAGUGCUGUCCGCCCAAUGAUGUGGAGAUGUCAGUGGUUAGAGUUGCGCAUGAAGGACCUUUUAUCUCAAGUGUCGAAGUAUGACCGAGAGCUUGCUCUAAUCAACAAAGGAAAAGAAUUGCAGCAGGCAGUAAACAUGACAAAUGGUUCUAGGUCAGAAUCAGCACAGUCUUCCAAAAGCCGUGAAAAUAGUUGUAUGGAGAGGCGAAAGAGGAGAAGACUUGAAGAAACUGUGAAUACCUCAUUGUACAUCAAGAAGCACGAGAUAUUGUCAUACUUCUUUGAUAAACAGAAUAAGGGUGCUGAAACAGAUGGCAUCUUAAUUGAUGACGAUAGCAGUGGCCCAGUUGGCAAUGAUGUUAAAGGUGGGAUCCAUACUGUUGGGUUGCUUGAGCCCAAGGAAUAUGAUAUGGUUGCGGAGCAACUCACACUGCAGAAAUUUCUUUUGACAAUUGAUGGUAUUCGGUCCCAAGUUCUUCGGCUACAAGAUCGUCUCAGUAAGGUUCGUUCAAAACAAGAAAACAUGGUUUCCUUGGUGGACCAUGCCCAUAUCAAGGUGUCUGAGAAGAGGCUAAGGACUCAAAAACGGUCAUUCUCAUAUAAGAAAGAUAGAUAUAGUAAAUCAAAGAAAAAGAAGAAUCUAAACAUUUUAUCGAAGGAAGAGGAUAAACCAGCUCAUGCAGUAAUAUCUACUUUGUCUAAGAGGGCACCAGAUUGCCAAACAGAAGUUACAAUGUACAGUAGCGAAGAAAAAAGUGGAGAGAGGUGCCAGUCACAUAAGAAAGCCAUCACUGUGGAUUUACUCCUUCCAAAUGGUCAUAUGGGAGAUUUGUGCAAAGACAAUGAUGACGUCCUCAUAGACAAUCAAGCAGCCAAUGAAGGAUACCAGCCAUUUGAGAACGCCAAGCAGCCGAUGGAUAAAUCAUUAGAACUAACAGAGAAGGUCUGUGAAACUGCUAAUUUGAGAGUUGGAAGUAACUCUUCCCCUGUUGAAGUCACAAGCACUUCAGCUCCAUUCAGAGUUGAGAACGCUUCUGUUUCCCUGGAAGCCAGGAGUACGCCUGGUCAAGUGGUGAAGCAAGAACCGGUUUUUGAAAAACCACCAGCUUUGAAGCAUGUCUACUCUGGAAAGAGGAGGCGAAAACUUAAAAUGAAGGAGGGUAGUGGUCCUGUAUCUGGAUUGACCCAGAGUAAAGAGGCCUCUAAAACACCUGCUACAAAGAAGAAAACUGAGAGCACAUCCCCAGCUGCAAAAAAGCUGAAAAUUGAGGAGACCACAGCCCCAGAUGAAGGGAAGAAAGCUGUGAAGACUCACUCAACUGGAAAGAAGCGAAAAGCUGGAAAGUCAUGCUCAUCUACCAAGAAUCAGGAAGCUGAGAAUUCAUCCUGUGCUGCAAGGAAGGAUAUAAGCGAAAGCACCCCCUCCAAACCGAGGAUUGAAAAGGCAGUCUUGGUGGCGGUGAAUAGCCGGAGAAGUCAGAGGGUCCGGAAGCCGAAAAUUUACUGAAACAAAGCAGUCUCUCCAAUUUCAGGAUUGUGUAUGUAUCACAGACGCGUCUUUUUAUGUUUUCCGUGCUGCUGAAAUUUAUUUCUAUACGUUAUUAUGUGCUCGCCAUGUAAGUUAGUGUAUAUAUCAGCUUGUCUAGAUAAAGAGGGUUCGUAAUGGUUUAGCCAUACCUUUUUCUUUUGGGCUGCCAGACUAAAUAGUACAGUUAUCUUGUGCUGUCUAAAGGAAAUGUCGUGUUUGAUACUGUUCAUGUUGUGCUUGUACUGCAAAGAUGGCUGCAGCCAAGAUGGCACUAUUUCGAUA